CACACUGUCGAUAGGUUCGAUAUCAAAUAGCGUCUCCUGAUAUCGAAAAGCGAAAAUCAAAAUUGCCCAAAAUCGGAGUUUUCAAACAAAAACAACAACGGCACGUCAAACCACAGCCAAGCCAAGCAAGAAAAAUUUGGAAUAAAAACAAAAUAAGGUCUUAUGGACAAACUGAGCGCAGUGCGCAUUGCCGUCCGCGAGGCGCCUUACCGCCAGUUUUUGGGGCGUCGGGAGCCGAGCGUCGUUGAAUUUCCGCCAUGGGGCGAUGGAAAGUCGCUAGUGGUGGAGCAGAAUGAAUUCCACUUCGACCACGCCUUCCCGUCGACCGUCGGCCAGGAUGAGAUGUACCUGGCUCUGAUCCUGCCGCUGGUAGAGAAGGCGCUCCAGGGAUUCCAGUGCACGGCACUGGCCUACGGGCAGACGGGAACGGGGAAAAGCUACUCCAUGGGAAUGGCGCCUCCGGACAAGAUCCAAAAGCCCGAGCAUCUUGGUGUUUUGCCCCGCUGUCUGGCCGACAUCUUAGAGCGUGUGAAUGCCAAGCAGGAGAACGAAAAGGAGCCCAUCCAGGUGUUCGCUUCCUUUAUCGAAAUUUACAACGAAAAAGCCUAUGAUCUCCUGGGCUCCUCACCACAUACGCCUAUGGUGACUGCGCGUUGCCACAAAUGCACCUGCCUUCCCUUGAGCAGCCAAGAGGAUCUGCAGGACCUGCUGCAACAGGGCACGGGGAAUCGUCGCGUGCGCUCUACCAAGAUGAAUUCCAGCAGUUCCAGAUCACACGCCAUAGUAACCAUACAUGUGAAAAGUAAAACCAGCCAUGCGAGACUAAAUAUAGUUGAUCUGGCCGGAUCGGAGGGUGUAAGGCGCACCGGGCACGAGGGCGUGGCCAAGCAAGAGGGAGUCAACAUCAACCUGGGACUGCUCAGCAUCAACAAGGUGGUGAUGUCCAUGGCGGCUGGCCGCACUGUGAUUCCCUACCGCGACAGUGUCCUCACCACAGUUCUACAAGAUUCGCUCACCGCGCAAUCGUAUCUAACCUUCCUGGCCUGCAUCAGUCCCCAUCGAUGCGAUCUUAGCGAGACGUUGGCCACUUUGCGCUUUGGCACCAGCGCCAAGAAGCUCCGCCUGAAUCCAAUGCAAGUGGCUCGCCAAAAGGUGAGCUUCCAUACCCAUUGCUUCCUAGAUAUAGUUAAAGUCCACGCAGUCGAGGAUCACCUCUCGCAUACGCUGUUUAAAAGUCGCCUCGUUGCCCACGCCCAGGAAUCCGGCGCCCUGCAGAUCCGUGGUGGCUCCGGCCUCGAUUCGCUCGCUGAUCGCUUGGAGGUCGGGCACAUCCUGGCCCUGCAUUGUCACGAUGGGCAGAACCAUCAUGGCGAGGAGCAGGCCCACAGGAGCUUUGGUGGCCACUUGGUCAUCGAAGGCAGGACGGGGAAGAAGUUGCUCCAACUGCUCGCCGUCCUCCAGCACGAUGCAUUCGUUCGGCUCAUCCUGACGAGUUCCGAAGCAAAGGGCGUGCUGCCGGAAACGAUCCUCUGCGGGGCCGAAAUCGAAAAGGACAGGCAACUGAUGCCCCCACCUGGUGUGGGAAAUGGACAGCCCAGCAGCCUGCACUCCACCGCAGUGAGCAUUGCCGAGGUUGAUGAGCAGGAGGAGCCAGCUGAGAUGCCGUCGAUCUCUGCCACAGUUCGCACCCAGCUCUUCAGGACAAAUGUCAGUCCCAUAAGUCUGCGGUCAUCCAGCAUACUAAAGGAACUCAGCGGGAUCCAGCCAAUGGAGGAGACUUUGAUUACUGUUCCCAAGCAACCGUCUAUUCUCCGACGCUCCAUGCGUCUAGCCAACCAAAGACCGCAGAGCUACGGGGUCAUUCCCAAAGUUAUUAAUUUGCGCAACGCGCAACAGUCAGCAAGCCAAGAACAUUCCUCUUCCGUCUCGGUAAAAAAGGAGAAAUUUAGCCAGCUCAAGGAUCUCAUUACACGGGUUGAAGCUCCCCCAAAAAGAAGUCGUUCGAGAAACAACACUUCUCCAGCCGAUGAAUGGAUGGCCCAUAAUAAAAGUUUAUUCCUUGACCUGCUCAACAGGGGCAGCGUGAAGGAGCUGCAGAAAAUUCCCGGUAUCGGCCCAAAGACAGCCUUUACUUUGGUUAUGCAUAGAUCUCGCCUGGGAUGCUUCCUGAAUCUAGAUCAAGUAAAAGACCUGCCAAUUUGGCCCGGAAAGAGCUGGAAUAGGUUUAGCCAAGCCAACUGCUUGGAGAUUUGAUUAAUACGUAUAUAAGAUCAGUUUUACGUUCAAUUAUCUAUAGGGUUUUUUCUUAUGAUUUACAAAAUCCUUAUUUAUAAGUAGAACACAUACCUUGACACUAACAAUAAGGUUUUUGUGUGUAAUAUGUGUAAUAUUUCUUAAUGUUUUUUGUUUGUUUUUGACUUUUUAUCGAUUCAUGUAAGCUAGAUUACUUCUCUAAAAAGCUGUAUGUAAACCAAUGUCUUAAAUUAGGUACAUUAUGUGAAAAAUGUUUUAUACGGUCAUCAUAAAUAGCAAAACAAGUACGCUUUCCCUAUUUGUGAGUAUUGCACAGUCAACAUAUUAUUUUAUGGAAAAACUUGUUUCCAACUAUGUUCGAUUAACAUUUGUCCUUAUUAAAAAAAAUUUUAUAGCAGUCGGUGGUUCUGAAGAUAAUCCAAUUUUUAGGCCCAUAUUUGUAAAAUUACCUGUGUACCUAAAUAGCAUACAUUGGAUUUAAACUAAGAAACGUGGCGUCGAAAAUUUUUUUUUAAAAACGUUUAGAUUCUUGAAAAUGUUUAUAUUUAUGAAAAGUCUGGGCAAAUGUGACUUGCCACAAAGUUUCAAGCCAAGUCUCUGGGUAGUUCAAAGUCACCAUCCAAGUUCAAAUCAGUUUUAAAGCUUUAAAGGUAGACUAACACAUAUUUUGGGCUUAUGAUCCUUCAAAAUGUGUUUGAAAAUAGUGGUGUUGAUAAAUAUAGUCUUAUUAGGAAAAAUCCAGUCGUUACCGCCGUUAAAUAUUGAAGAAAAGACAGAAAAUAUAAAAACCAAACUAAAGUCACAUGAGACUUUAGGUGUUAAAAAAUAAUACAAAAUAUAGAUUUUCAUGUUUUUCGUCUUUGUACAACUGUAGAUAAAAGACCAAGAAAAUGAGGUGAGUUUCAUAAAGGUCGGCCAAUAACCUACCAGGAUACGCAUAGCGACAUUUUAAUGUUUAUAUUAAAGUAGUCUGUCAGUAUAAAUUUGCAUGCAACGCAUGCUUUUUGCCAAACCAAUUCUGAUUUUAUUUUCAUCACUAUGCGUGUCCUGGUAAGUGGAUCUUCAUGAAACACACCUCAUUUUGUUUGUCAUUUUAUCUACUGUCGGACAAAGAAGAAAAACACUAAAUUUAUUUUUUGUUUAUUUUUUAACACCUAAAGUCUCAAGUGACAUUAGUUCGUUUUUUUUAUGUAUUCCGUCUUUUCUUCAUUUUUUACGGCGGUAGCGACUUGAUUUCUCCUAAAUUGACUAUAUUUAUCAACACCAGUAUUUUCAAAGACGUUUUGAAGGAUCUUAAGUGCUAAAUAUGUGUUGCUGUACCUUUAAAGCCCUAAAACUGCUUUUAGCUUGCAUUAUGACUUUGAACUACCCAGAUACAUGGCUUGGAACUUUCUGGCAAGUCACAUUUGCCCUGACUUUUCAUAAAUAUGAAUCUUAUCAAGAAUCUAAACGCCUU